AUGUCCGGUUCCUCCAACCUCGUGGCCAUGAAGAAGGUGGUACAACAGCUCCGUUUCGAGGCGGGCAUUGACAGAGUGAAGGUUUCCCAGGCUGCUGCAGACCUUCAGCUGUUUUGCUCGCAGAAUGCCUUGCAGGACCCCCUGCUCACUGGUGUGUCCUCCAGCACCAACCCCUUCAGGCCGCAGAAGGUCUGCUCUUUCUUGUGA